AUGUCAGACACAUCGGCCUCCUCUGGCCGCCUGUGGCCGCACGUGGUCAGCGGCGUCUCCGGGCGCGUGACCGCGGAGCUCUUCAUGUCGCCAAUCAACCUCCUCAAGGUGCGGCUACAGCACAACCUCCAGCUGAAGCGGCUGCCCGUGCCGGCGGCGAUGCUGCAGCUCGCGCGCGACGAGGGAGCGCUCUCGCUGUGGCGAGGGCUGCCGCCGCGGCUGAUGUGGGCGACGCCGCUCAGCGCGGCCACCUUCACCUACUACCAGGCCGCCAAGAAGGUCUCCUCGGGCGAGGCCUCCGACGGCGCCGCCGGGAAGCGCGACUCGCGGAUCGUGCUCGCCGGCCCGUUCAUGCUCGCCGCCAGCGUGGCGGUGCGGACGCCCUUCGACAUUGCGGAGCAGCGGCUGCAGCUGGAGCCACCGGCGACGGGCGCCGACGCCGCGCGCCGCCCGAGCGCCUUUCGUCGCGCGCUGAGCGUCCGCAUGCAGACCAAGAUCUACGCGACGGCGGCCGACCCCCACCCGUCGAUGCCGGCAGUGUGGCGAGCGACUGUCUCUCAGGCGGGCCGACGACCUCCUCCUCCGGCGGCGUGUUGUGGACGGCGUCUCUUCACGGCCUCCCUGGCCAGCCAUCGGGAGACGCAGCAUGAGCUGAAGAUUGAGCGAGCCGCCCACGACGACACGGCUGAGCGGCUAGUGGAGAUGCAGCACAAGCUCGAGGCGACGCUCCAGGAGCUCUCCAAUCUCGAGCGCUUUGUCAAGGGUUGCUCCGCCUGCUCCUCCGUUCCCUCAAACACUCCGCCCGAACGCGAGCCGCUACUCAAGGAGGAGGCAUACCUCCAGUCCAGGCUGCGUUUCGUGCAGGAGGAGCUUACGAGUUCUGCGUCCACCGCUGUCACCCGGCCCUCAUCGGCGAGCAUCGGGCGCAAGGGCAAGGCUGCCGCUGCGUCUCCCGGCGAUGAUGCGCUACGCGCUUGAGCUGCGCGGAUCUAUAGAGCCUUAGAGCGGAUCCUGAUCUCCGCGGGGUCACAGUCGCCGCCGUACGUUGAGCAUCACUUUUUUGUACACAAUCUGCUUCUACGGAUGGACGAUGCUAAUCUCGUGCGCGUGUCGGAAUCCGUCGCAAGUACGGCCUCACGUCAGUCAUUCUUGCUGACAGCCGCGGGUCGGAUGUUAGAUGUUACCCGAGGCGCAUCCGCUCACUGUCCUCUAUGCUGAAAUUCGCCGACUCACGGCCCAUGUCCGUGUGUGUGCUGCGUAUACUUAGAGCUCUAACUGUGAGAGUUGCAAUAAAUAAAUAAAA